AAUGCAUUGAGUGAAUGCAUGCAGUGUUUGAUGGCAUCAAUAAUACGAUUACUUUUGAAAAGAGUUUGCUUUGCAGUCAACGAAAGACUAUAUCAACACUUUGGUACCAAUUGUCAUACAUUUAGACCAUUAGAUAAUGUCUGCAGAGGAGGAGAAAAUGGACACAAGUGUGCCGUCGGACACGACCGCCAAUGAGACGGCCGUUGCAGCGCCUCAAGAGAUGGACAGCGAGAGUGUGUCCGUGGGAUCAUCGGUGAUGGCGUCGACAUCGGUGUCCACGGCUGCCAUCUCUGUGUCUCUGCACCCGUUGGUGAUAAUGAAUGUGUCGGAGCACUGGACACGAAUCAGAGCCCAAGAAAACAGUGGCGAUAAUGCGGGCACAAGUGAGGGCGCACAGGGAGUGCCGGUGCAAGUGGUCGGCGCUCUGAUCGGCAAACAAAACGGACGGGACAUCGAAAUCAUGAACUCUUUUGAACUGAAUUUCGAUCGAUUAGAUAAUGAGAUAAUCAUUGAUAGAGACUAUUAUAACACCAAAGAGUCUCAAUUCAAACAAGUGUUCCCCGAACUCGACUUCUUGGGCUGGUAUGCCAAUGGAGACCAACCAAAUGAGUCCGACCUUAAGAUUCACAAACAGAUCAUCGAAAUCAACGAAAGCCCGCUCUUCUUGAAACUCAAUCCAAUGACCCGACACACAGGACUUCCCAUAAAAUUGUAUGAAUCGGUGAUAGACUUAGUGAACGGAAGGGCGACAAUGCUUUUCGUUGACAUUCCCUACCAUUUGGCGACAGAAGAGGCCGAACGCAUAGGUCUGGACCACAUGGCGAGGAUGACGGCCACCACUCAGUCGGGACAGAUGGCCAACUCGCUGGUGGCCGAACACCUGCGCGUGCAGUACAGUGCCGUCAAAAUGCUUAGGGAUAGGGUUCGCCUCAUUCUCGACUACGUCCGCGACAUCCGCGACGACACCCUUCCCUGGAAUCACGAGAUUCUUAGGGAAACCCAUAAUCUUUGCCAUCGCCUACCAGUGCUCAGUACAGACAAGUUUUCGCAGGACUUCUACAACCAGUGUAAUGAUGUGGCGCUCAUGACUUACUUAGGAAUGCUCACCAAAGGAUCAAAUACUGUCAACCAGUUCGUCAAUAAAUUCAAUAUCCUUUACGACAGACAAGGAAUGGGUCGCAGAAUGAGAGGACUCUUCUUCUAGUACUACACUCUGACCCCUAAUUCUCACCACUUAUUCGAUACUAUUAUUACAAUUAUUUCUUUAAUUAAAUUAUUCAUAUUUAAUGUCCAAAUUGUCUAUAAAUAAACUAUUUGUCAAACAAA